AUGGUUUCCAUCAACCCGGAGUCAAAAUCAAGGGCUGUGAACAGGGAGGUACUCAGUGAGCUAAUCAAGUUGCACGGCAAGACAUCCCUUGGGGGCAAAUUGCCUGCAUAUGAUGGAAGAAAGAGUCUCUACACUGCAGGCUCACUCCCUUUUGAGUCUGAGGAGUUUUCUGUUACACUGGUUGAUCCGGAAAAGAAAGACAAAGAAAAGGCUGAAAGGGAGUACAAGAUCACCAUUAGGAUUGCUGGGAGGACAGACCUGUACCAGCUCCAGCAGUUUCUCAAAGGAAGACAGAAGGAUAUGCCUCAAGAAACCAUCCAAGUUCUUGAUGUUGUCCUCAGGGAGUCACCAUCCUGGAACUAUGUCACAGUGUCCAGAUCCUUCUUCUCCACCACCUUUGGUCACAGAGGAGACAUUGGUGAAGGAUUAGAGUGCUGGAGAGGUUACUACCAGAGCUUACGCCCAACCCAGAUGGGGCUGUCACUCAAUAUAGACAUAUCUGCAACAUCCUUCUUCAAGCCUGUGACAGUGGUCCAGUUUGUGCUAGAGUUCCUCAACUUACGUGAUGCCUCGUGGCCUCUGACGGACAGGGACCGUGUUAAGAUAAAGAAAGCACUCCGUGGGGUGCGUGUCGAAACAAACCACCAGGAAGACCAAAUCAGAAGAUACAAGAUAACCGGGAUUACCCCUGUUCCCAUGAGCCAGCUCAUAUUUCCUGUUGAUGAGAGAGGAGCAAGAAUGUCAGUUGUUCAGUACUUCAUGCAAAGGUACAACUACAAUCUGCAGUAUACUUCUUGGCCCUGCUUGCAGUUUGGAAGUGAUGCCCGGCCUGUGUAUCUGCCCAUGGAGGCGUGCAAGAUUGUUGAAGGGCAAAGGUACUCUAAGAAACUGAAUGACAAGCAGGUCACCAACAUACUUAGAGCUACCUGUCAACGUCCCCAGCAGAGGGAGCAAAGCAUUCGUGAGAUGGUUCUGCACAACAAGUAUGCUGAGGACAAGUUUGCUCAGGAGUUCGGUAUCAACGUCUGCAGUGACCUGGUCUCUGUUCCAGCCCGUGUGCUGCCUCCCCCCAUGUUGAGAUAUCAUGAUUCUGGAAAGGAGAAAACUUGUGUGCCAAGUGUUGGACAGUGGAACAUGAUUAACAAGGUUGGGCGGCCACCUUCCAUUGAGAAGGCCUUCACUAGAUUUGGUGUUCCUGCUGUAAAAAAAGUACCAACAAUAAUUUUUGGUGCUGAUGUUACACACCCCCCACCUGGAGAGGACUCCGCAUCAUCUAUUGCUGCGGUGGUGGCAUCAAUGGACUGGCCAGAGAUCACCAAGUACAGAGGUCUUGUCUCUGCUCAACCACACAGGCAGGAGAUAAUCGAAGACCUCUUCAGUGUCACCAAAGAUCUGCAGAGGGGUAAUGCCAAUGGCGGCAUGAUCAGGGAGUUACUGAUUGCCUUCCGCAGGAAGACAGGCCGGAGGCCUGAGAGGAUACUCUUCUACAGGGAUGGCGUAAGUGAAGGCCAAUUCAGCCAUGUUCUGCUUCAUGAAAUGGACGCAAUCAGGAAGGCCUGCGCCUCUUUGGAUGAGGGGUAUAUGCCCGAAGUCAGUUUUAUCCCAGUCGAGAAAAAGCACUAUACUCGGCUAUCACGUGAAGUGAAUGAGAAGCGUGAGAUAACUGAUAAAAGUUCAUGGGAAGGAACUUGUGCUGGACAACUAAUCAAAAAGCAACAACCACUCAACAUUUUUGUGGAUACGCCUAUGCGCAGAUAUACCGUUGAUAUUCCUCCAACAUCUAGCUGUUAUUUGCUUAAAACGACUAUUGAAACAAAAGUUGGAGGAUGUAUUGACAACUGUACACUCACUUUUGAUUGCGGCCAAACUAUAGAAUGUAACAGAACUCUAGGAUACUAUGGAAUCAAGAAUUAUUCGGUGCUAAAGCUAAAUCCCAAAUUGAGAGGAGGAAACCCUCCUACCCAGGAGGUUUCCAAAAAACCUAAUAAGGGGGCUUCAAAAAAGUUAGGAAAGCGCCGGCAUGAUGAGCAAUCAAGUGUUCAGGAGACCUUGAGAGUUUCAAAGAAACCGCGGAAGUGCGAACAUUGUGGUCAGAAACCGGGGAGACCCUCAAGAAUGCUAUUCGCAGAUCCACUUCUUGAUGAGUAUAUUCUUAAUCAUGGUUCUAGUUUUAUUAAAAAGAAAAGAAUUCCAUCUAUGAAAAGGAAGGGAUCCAAAAUAUGGAGAGGUGUUGGAAGUGCAGAGGGUAUCACACUCUGUAUCAGCAUAACUGAGAUUCUCAAAAAGGCGGCCAAAGCAAAGCGAUCUUGGGACGGUAAAAUUGGUCUGAGGGACUUCAGGGUUGUGGAUGGCCGAGCCAUAUUAAUCAAACCUACCAACUGCAGACUCAACUCUUUGAAUUUCCGAAAAGAUUGCAAAUGUUUCUCUGGAUUCAUUAGGAAAAUUCUAGGUGCAGCAGCAGCAAAAUUGUUCUAUAUGAAGGAUUUGUUGCAUAAGCUUGAUUGCGCAUCAAAAGAUGAUAUUUAUUGGUUAUUGGAUUAUGUGGGUGCUCAUCUUGCUCUGAAAACUAACACAGAAUGGGGUAAAAUUAUUCGUCAAAUCAUGGUCUUUCAUGACGGAUUAGACAAAUCAGCUCAGAAAAACUUCAUGGCUGCGGUAAAUUGUGUUCGGUGCCCUUCAAAUUGGUCUCAAGGAAGGCUUCAAAAGCAUUUCAUCUUCAGACCAAAUGUGGCAUACAGAAAGAGAAGAAACUGGCCUGCAUAUGAGAAAACAUCAUUUGGAUGUUUCAAGUGUCUGCGCAACAAUUCAACUCACGGCUGCGCUUUGGCGGAUUAUGCGGGGCCAAUGUUGUUGGGCAAUUUUGUGUGUGAUGUAAUUCGGGAACUGUUGAUGCACAAAUACCCAAUCCAAGAGGCCCUCGGAAUAUAG